GGGCACGUAACCCCUUAGAUGUUAAGAUGGCGGCGGGUGUUUCAGAAGCCAAGUAUAGGAGCUUUGCAGCAAUUGGCUUUUUAAUUCACGGAACGCGAAAUAGAUUUGACAUGAAAAGGGAUGUAGCGGGUGCCGGGCAGUAAUGUGAUUUAUUUGCUCUUUUUAGGUCUGACAUGUGAGGCCAGAGUCAAACCUUUGAAUUGGGUGCGGAGACUGGGCCUGUUGUCGUUGAUUUUCAUGGUUAUGGUUAUAAUAUGGCAACCAUAGAUGGGGAUGUACAUUCAGAUCCUGACUCUGAACUUCAUGAUCUAAGGCAGAAGGUGAGAAAUUUGGAAGAAGAGUUAACAUCUUGUAAAAGUCAGAUUUACACUUUGCAGCAAGAACAAAGUCACACAGAGAGCUGCAAUGAAAAUCUUCGCAAGCAGGUUAAAGAUCUGACUGAAAAAAUCCAAGGAGAUAAGGAAGAAAUUGGCACAGUUGAUGCUGGAGUUCAGACCGAUGUUUGCAUUUCCCCUCAUUAUAAAGACUAUUUCCAAAAUGGAGCUCUGGAUUUUCAUAACCACUUGAAUAGCGAACAAAAUGGCAGGAGCGAUUUUUCAAGGCUCGAAAUUCAUGGACCUUGUGGAAAAGUUCAGAAUGUAAUUGAGGCCCCCACCCAGUUCCAAACACAAGCACGUACAAUCACUUAUACUGAACAGGCUCAAACAGACAGCCAUCAGUACACAGAACAGGCUCAAACAGAAAAUGUCCAAGUAGAUGGUUACCAGUACAUAGGAUAUCCUGAGAAAUCAACGCACUUGGAUGGAUAUGGAGACCAUUACACCAAAAAAGCAGAGGACUUGAAGAAUACAUCAUUGGCAGACAGUUUGCGUGCAACUGCAGAAGCCGCCAUGUCACAGACAGGCUUCACCUACGAUGAAAGCAGUGGAAUGUAUUACGAUUACAGUACUGGCUACUACUAUGAUUCGGCAAACCAACUCUACUAUGACCCAAACACUGGAAUUUACUAUUAUUAUGACACUGAAAGUGGCCUGUAUCAGUUUCAUUCUCGUGUGGAUCUGCUGUCAUACCCUGCAACUGAAACGGAGAAAAAAGUUAAGAAAAGACGAAAAGGAGUGGCAAAGUUUCUUUCAAAGAAAGAGAAGAAGGACACUGAAGCUGAUGCACCAAAAGCUUCGAGUAUUUGCAGGUGCUGUGACCCAGAACAGAGCAAGAUAUUGUCAGAAGAACCAGCAAACAAACGAAGAAAAACAGUUGUGGAGGAGAUUGAACAGGAUUCACUCAAUGAGCAUAAUCCAAAUGAUGGGUUUACCUUUCAUGAAGAUGAUGUUGAAGUGAUAUUGGAAAAGAAGGAAGAGGUGGGAGUUGGAAGUGAGCCAGAAGAAGGAGAAAUUACAGACUCAGAUAAAAGUGAUUAUCCUACAGAUGAAGAGACAGAUGAGUCCAGUGAAGAUCAAGAUGAAAGUGAGAAAGAGGAUGAUCAGGUGUGGCCUCCAUGCAUUCGUGUGAUGGUGGUGCGAUCACCAGUUCUCGAACCUGGUACACUCUUCAUCAUCACUGCAGUAAAGUCAGCUACAAUUGGAAGAGAGAAGGAUAUGGACCACACAAUUCAAAUUGCUGAAAUUGGUGUCAGUAAGUUUCAUGCUGAAGUAUACUUUGACCAUGAUCUACAGGAAUACAUGUUAGUAGACCAGGGGAGCCAGAAUGGGACUGUGAUCAAUGGGAACAGAAUCCUCAUGCCAAAAAAUAAAUGUGAUCCUCAUAGAUUGGAGCAUGGUGAUGAAGUGAAGUUUGGGGAGACUGUAUUGUCUUUCCAUAUCCAUCCAGGUACUGACACAUGUAAUGGCUGUGAGCCAGGCCAGGUUAAAGCUCACCUGCGUCUCCAUAAAAAAGAAGAAUUGACAGCUAUUCCAGUGAUGAGCAAGCAGGACAAAGAUAAGUUACGACGUCAGGAAUUAAAACAGAUUCAAAUCAAGUAUGGGUUGCAGAAUAGUGCAUAUGAAGGAAGUGAAACAUUAAAGAACUCGAUGUACAAGGAUCGAGCUGCCAAUCGUAGACAGUUUGUUGGAAGUGAUGGUAUCUAUAAAAGAGAUGAUGCUCCUGCUUCAGUCAAUGUGGAAAUCUGUGACAACAAUAAAGGGAGAAAGAUGUUGGAAAAGAUGGGCUGGAAGAAAGGUGAAGGACUUGGCAAAGAGAGUUGCGGCAUUAAAGAGCCGAUUCAAGUUCAACUUCAUCAGUCACAAGCUGGUUUAGGAGCCACUGAACCACUUUCUAUUGAAGACGUACAGCUGUCCAGCUCUAAUAAACAGAAGAAUUGGGCCAAAGCUAGAGACAGAUUUUCUGAAACUUUUCAACAAACCACAAAUCAGAAAGCAACACUGAAAACAUUGUGGGUUAAAGGUGCAGUAAGGGAGCAAACUGAAGACACUGUCACAAGCUGAAUUUUAUAAAUAAUGUUGCAAGUUUUUAUAUUGUAAAAUAAAAGCAAAUGUGCAUAUUUAGUUUGAGGCAACUAAAAUUGUAUUAAUUCUGGUUCUGUUUUGGAAUAGCACCUAAGAAUCUCCAAAUACAGCAGUUUACUUUUUAAAAAAAUAUACCUCUUGAAUCAGACAUUCUAUUCAGAAUAUUUGCUGAGGAAAAAGACGUGUGUGCUUUUCAUUUUGCACUGCUCUGGACAAUUUCUCAAGAAUACAAAUUUGAGAGAAAUGUCAGCAUUUGUAUUACGUGUGGAGGCCAUGGAGAAUGCCAUUAAUGCAUAAUUGACAACCAUGUUGACUUAUUAGUCAGGACAGUACCCCAUAGAAUGAAGCAAACCAAUCAUCUAUUAUGUUGAGUUUGAAGAUGCAAAGAAUUGUGUAGUUUUCAGUAUAUUUGCAUGUCCAUCAUAACAAUCUAUAAUUGGUUGUCAGUGUAAUUCCUUUACAGUUGCUGGAUAAUCCAAUUUUAUGCUCACAGAACCAGAUUGAAAUUAGUAGCAAUAUAAAAAUUACACCUCAAAUUCUCACUUCCUAGAGUUAUGAGAUGUACCUUGCCCACUAUAAGCUAUAAUGCAUCCAGCCCACACUUGAGAAAGUGUUUUAACAUUAGAUGUGAUACUGCAGUAUGACAGCAGAUAACGUGCAAAGAAUUAUGCUGACAACUAGGUUAGGAUUGUCAAGCUUUCAGGGUGGUGUCACAGCUUCUUCUUUGCACAUAUGCGAAACCAGGUUUAUGCAUUGAGCAGUGAUAAUGGGAACUGCAGAUGCUGGAGAAUCCAAGAUAAUAAAAUGUGAGGCUGGAUGAACACAGCAGGCUCAGGAGCAAAAAAGCUGACAUUUCAGGCCUAGACCCUUCAUCAGAGAAGCACAUCACUUGCCCCGAGAAAUUACAUUUUUUUCUUCUUUAUUCAUUCAUGGGAUCAGGGUGUCACUGGCUAGGCAGCAUUUGUUGCCCUCCCUAAUUGCCCAGAGGGCAGUUAAAAGUCAGCCACAGCUGUGGGUCUGUAGGCCAGACCAGGUAAGAUGGCCAAUACCUUCCCUAAAGGACAUUAACAAACAGAUGAGCUUUUCAGACAGACAACAGAUUCAUGGUCAUUGUCAGACUCUUAAUUCCACCAUCUGUCUUUGGAGACAUUCAAACCCUGGUUUGGGUCUUUGGCUUAAGUCCAGCAAUAAUAUCACUAGGCCGUCACCUCCCCUUUUGAAACCAGGCAGGUUCCCACAGCAGUAACAGCUGUAUCAGAGGCCACAUCACCUAAUUUUCUUUUAUUCAGUAUGAAUACAAAUUGACAAAGUUGUCCAGAAGUACUCAAUUUUAUUUUUGAUUAGUCAGCAAUAACUUGUCAAUUCAGUUAUUUGUCCAUUCCAAAGGCUCCUGUGUUUUAAUGCAUUGUUGUGCAUGUCAGAAUAAUCAUUUCAGCAAGGGAGUAUUAAAAUAGUUAUUGCUUCCCUCACACCUUCCACAAGCAGGUACAACCUGUUAUAAAGCUGCUCCUGCAAGUUUGACUAACACCUCCUUCUCCAGCUUAACCAUUAAUUUUAUCUUGAUAAAAUAUGUUGUCCAAAUGAAUGAGGUCUGUCGUUUCUUUUAUUAGGCCCUACAAUGGCAAACAGUUAUUGAUCUAGAAAUUGUCACCACAGCCCUGUAUUAGUAACAAAACAGAUUAAAAUUCUCCAUGCUGCCUUCACAGUUGCAACGUCUGUAAAAUAAAUUUCAAGUUUAGUUUUCAACACUUCAACAUAGUAUACACCUCUUCUUUCGCAUACUUUUAUUUUACAGGCUGUAUUUAAUACACUAAAUCCUUGCCAAUUACAACAUAAGACUGGUGCACAAUCAUGCUUCUGCAAAGUACCAGCAGGGAAAAGCUGGAGUUUUCAAUAUGUCCUUAAUUCUGGAAUUUGACUUCACUCUUCACAAUACUGCAGCUGGAUCUCUGUAAAAAAUGCCAAUAUAAUGAUGGAUCUUCUAGUUCCUGCAACUUACAUUAAAGUCUAUCUUCCAAUGUUAUGCUGUGAGCCACUCAAUUAUGAUAGUCCAUUCAAGUUAAUUCCAGAAGUCAUCGCAAAUUGGGUAAUAGUACUGCACCUAGCGCACACAGGCUGAUUUGUACAAUAGUGGUUUAGCUGCACAUAGUGAAGAGCACAUUGACAAAAAUACAUAUAUGUUUGCAAUAUUAAUUAGGUGCCAUCCAGAAGGGCAUGGAAUUCUGAGACCUGGGUAAACCAUGUUGCUGCUGCUGGUGGUGAUGAUGAGGAUGAUGAUUUUGGUGGAUUGAAUGCUGAAAAUAAGGAUGAUACAUAUUGCGUGGUGCAUUUCCUGAAGGUUGGUAUCUCCCACCUCGCUUAUGCCGGUCGUCUUCCUCAUCUGAAGAGUCCUCCCCAUACUGGGCCAGGGCACCUAGGCUAUCACUAGUCUUGUGUCGCUUAUGGCUUGGAGAAGAGAUAUGACCUACAUUUUAAAAUAAGAAUCCCCAAACACCAUACAUACCCAGAAAGCCACGAAUUAUUCAAUAUAAGAGAAAGAAUUUAGUUUGUGGGAAAGAGAACAUAUUGUUAAUGUUUAAAAUGUUUACAGACAAUACAUUAAAAUAAAUCAUUUGUAGUACAAUACACAAGAUGUCAUAAAACCAUGUCAAGUUGACAGCAGCAGGUGAAGUCCCAUCAGAAACAUGUAAGAGAACACAAGACACAAGGAAAAAUUAAAUUCAGAUUAAUUGCUACAUAUUAACUAUGCUCAAACUGCAGCACAAUUUAAACCUUUACAGCACGCUUAGCUCAUUAAUAGCUGUAUUAAACAAUGCCUUUCAAAUUGACCAGUAGAAGUUUCACAAAUGCCAUUCACAAUACUGCAGAGAAUAUUUAUUUUUCUCACUUAUCUGCCACAUUCUGUAAUAUGUUACCCAGGUGUUAUACUAGUACAAAUGGACAAUGAAUAAAAGAUUAACAAUUUCGGCAUAGCCUCACUUUUUCUCUCAAAAGGAUCUGACAGUUGCCUGGCCUACUACCUCUGUGGAACAGUGUCCAAAGUACUAAGUGAAAAUAGGUCAAAUGCUUUCAAGCUAGAGCAACCGAACUUGUUAAUAAAACUAGAUUUUGAACUUAAUCAUCAUUUCCAUCAGAUCUAAAACUUAAGGUGUCCAACUUUGAGCUGAGGUUUUUCCAGAUUAGAAUUAGCAAAAUUGAUCUGCGUACAGUUUAAGCUACCUUAUCAUCUUGCUUGGAAUAAUGGAUUUAAAACU